AUGCAUGCAAGGCCAAAGAAUGAGAUUUGGGUGUCCAAUUGGUGCAAUCCAAACAAAUACAUUUCGUAUGCUCUCCAGCUCCUCAAAUAUUCUGAUGCCAAGGAAAUUGUGCUCAAGGCAACGGAAUUAGCUGUUCAAGCAAUUCCAAUUGCUGAAAUACUCAAGAACAAUGUUGCUGGUCUCCAAAGCACAUCGACUGCCACAUCUCUAGUAACAAAUAAACAAAAGGUACCAGAAAUGACAAUUGUUCUGUCGAGCCUAGUGCCAGAGGUUUCAACAACUUAUAGUGAGCCUACCGGCACCAUCAAUGCUGAAAUGAGCCCUGAUAAUCACAGUCUCAAGAAGACAUGGAAAAUUAAAUCAGAUGCUAGGGAUAUUAGAACCUCUUUGUCGAAGGUAAUACUCAGACCGAGCCCUCUCCAAAACUCAUUGAUUCCUACAGAGAUGGUUGAUGUGUGCACUGCUGAGCCCCAAUUGGGUAACACUUUCAUUCCACAUGCCUCUAAAAUUUCUGUUCCUAAAAUUUUUGAAUUGGGUAUGAUAAAUCAGCGACAUACGGCUUAUCCCUGUGUUAAUGCAACUAAAUGGUGGCGGGGUAAAAAGAUCUUCACGUCUGUUAGGCGAGUGAUAUUCAAAAAAUCUGGUGUUAGUUGGUUGGAAAGAUCUGACAAACUUUCAAUUAUUGGCAAGAGAAGCGUAAGUACUAGUCACACCACUAAGGGUCACAAUAUUUCUGAUUUAAGUCAAAAGAGGAAAGCGGAGGCCACUGUAGAAGAUAAUGGGCUACCUUACAAGAGGAGGAUGCUCACGCAUACUUGGGCGCCAGGAUUUAUGGAAACAGAUGCCUCCAUUUCGGCUGGAAUUUCAAACACAAAAUGCACCAAGGUGGUGUUUCAGGAUGCCAAUGUGGUUGUUGCACAAAUCAUUGAGGCAGCUGGCCUAGUCUGGAUGGCCAUUUUUUUGUAUGGUCUGCCUGUUUUUCAGGACAGGACCAAUUUUUGGACUAGAUUGAAUGGUAUCAUCCAAGGUUUUAGCUAUCCUAGCAUUUUAUUAGGUGAUUUUAAUCAAGUGAUUGAUCAAGAAGAUAAGUAUAGUGGAAGGCCAGUGCGUCCUCAGGACACCAGGAACAUUCACCAGUUCCUAACUACUAAUGACCUAGAGGAGCUCAAACAUUUGGGAUAUUGGUAUACUUGGAUCAACAAACGGCAUGGAUCAGAUGUGAUUUUUGAAAGAGACACCCUUCUCUCAGCAAAUUGGAUUCCUAGAAUCCCAAAUCCGAUUAAUGCUCAGUCUGUUUUAUCAACGGCAAACCUUAGAGUUAAUCGCUUCAUCACUCCAUCAGUUCAAUGGAGACUUCAAGCUUUGAGGAACUUCUUUCCGGAUCAUAUCAUCUCAAUCAUCAGUGGAAUCUUCAUUGAUCCAGCAAGGCACAAUCAGAAGGAUUGUUUGCAAUGGAUUCAUACUGAUCAUGGCCACUAUACAGUUAAGACAGGCUAUCAGGUUGCAAUAAAUUCGCUCCUUCCUCAACCUGCUCCUGAUCCUGCACUUGCACAAGCUGAAAAACUAGCUUGGAAAAAACUUUGGCACUCUAAAGUUUAA